CAGACCUUUCUCUCCCACUUCCCAGCCAAAGUGCAGCCGGCUCCUGCCGCCGUCGCGCAGCCCCAGAUCCCGCAUCAGCCAGGCGGCCCCGUGCCCCCCAGCGCCCCUCGGCCCGGUGCUGCGAGCACGUCGCCCUUCGGCCUGGCCACCAUGGAGACACGCAAGCGGGAGAUGGAGCUGCUGAGCAACAGCAUGGCCGCCUAUGCCCACAUCCGAGACAAUCCUGAGAGUUUUGGCCUCUAUUUUGUCCUGGGCGUCUGCUUCGGCUUGGUGUUAACCCUCUGCUUGCUGGUGAUCCGCAUCUCCUGCCGGCCGCACACCCGCAGCCUCCCUGCCAAGCCCAGGAGGAGCCUCCGGGACGUCAGCGAGGAAGAGGAGGAGGAGGAGGAGGAGGAGGACACGGUUGACAACGUGGCGACGGAGUCCCCGCUGCCCAUCACCGAGAUCCCCCUCGAGAACCACAGCCCGGCAGAUGGCACCUUGACUGUCAACGUCUUUGCCUCGGCGGAGGAGCUCGAGCGGGCCCAGCGGCUGGAGGAACGGGAGCGCAUCAUCCGGGAGAUCUGGCGCAACGGCCAGCCGGACAUCCUGGGCACGGGCACCGUGGGCAGAGUGCACUACUACUGACUGCGGGCACGGGGCCUGGCUGCCCAGCUCCCUGAGCUCAACUGUGAUGGCAGCCCCCCGGCCACGUGGGGCCCUGGUAGGAGGGCCCCCUGCACGCCCUGCUCUUGGGCACCCUUUCCAGGAGUGCCUGUGAGUCUGGAGAUGUUCCCCAGCCCUUUGCACAGCCCCUGGGCACCGUGUCUGUGUGCGAGCUGGGCGGGGCUUGGCCCCCUGAAAUGCCCCGUUAGCUGGCGCCAGCUGCGCAUGGCGUUUGUUACUGGCGGAGCCAGGCUCUGCCGAGCAGCAAGCUCCUCGAGGCGCUGCUCUCGUUAACUGACUGCGCAGGGCCCCGCUAACGGUGCCGGAAGCGUCGCUCUCACCCCUGGUGAUGGGGAGCCCCCCCUUUCCUGCAGGAGCUCCCUGACCCCACCUGAUCAGGGACACGGUGCAGGCCCUGCCAGGCUGGCUUCCCGCCCUCAGCGAACCAAGUGCAUGGGACGGCAGCAAGGAGAGAACUGAGUACCCGGGAAGCCCAGCCCCUGGAAGGGUCCUGCUGGGGCAUGGAUGGACUGGGGCUCAUGGACGGACACUCCCAGAACUGGCCACCAUGGGUGGCUUCGUCCCUUCCUCUGAAACACCUGGUACUGGCUGGUGUUGGAGGGACAAUGCCAGGCUAAUGGGUCCCCCUGGUCCAGCCCCCACGUAGUGCAGAGUGCUAGGUAAGGUCGAGCUUAAAGGCUAGGGGCAACGCGAUAGUUAUCGGUCUGUUAGCAGUAGUUCCUGGGGUGCUCAUGUCAAAGAGUGUGGAGGAGUCAGGGCCCUGCACCCCCCACUUCCUGCGAUUCACCGUGACUCUCAGCCAGCCAGUAAA